AAACACCACCACUCAGCCAAUAAUUUGUGAUUAUGUUAAAAGAGCGACAACGAUUCACACAGUUGCUAAACCCAAAACCCUGACCAGUCGCCGCAAACACCACCACUCCCUCAAUUAGCCACCGUGACCACUCGCCGCAACCACCACUUUAACGGCACUGCUGCUAGUUUCAUAGUUGUGGAAUUCAGUAGAUCACCUAGAGAGGCCAUGGAUACUACUCCGAACAAUGAACAAAUUAGCAGAGAAUCUCCACAGCUUGUUGCUCUGCUGAAGGAAAUGAAGUGCGGUUUGGACACUUUUAGGAAUAAAAUCCAGGCUUUAACAGCUAAAGUGAAAGCUGAUAAUUUCCCUACAUCAGAUGGGAUAAGCUAUCUUGAGGCAAAACACUUGCUGCUUCUAAACUAUUGCCAGUCACUUGUUUAUCUUCUGCUGUGCAAGGCAACCGGAUUAUCAAUUCAGCAGCAUCCAGUUGUUAGGAGUCUUGUUGAGAUUAGAUUAUUCUUAGAGAAGAUUAGGCCAAUCGAUAGGAAACUCCAAUAUCAAAUUAAAAAACUGACAAGGACCACAACAACAGUGGAGAAACAAGGCUCGAAUGGGAAGGAAGCAGAUGAAACUCCGGAGGGUGAGGACUCAUUAAAACUUCGCCCGAAUCCUGACUUACUUGUUAGCAAAACAAAUACAACUAUGGAGAAUCGUAGUGGUGUAUAUCAACCCCCGAAAUUCGCACCUUCUUCUAUGGAUGAAGAUAAGAUGUCAAGACAGGAGAGAAAUGCUCGGAGAAGAGAUGAAGAAAUUUUACGACAAGCAAGGAAGAGUGCUUAUGUUAGGGAGCUAAUGAAUGAUCUUGAGGGAAGACCUGAAGAGGUGGUCAGAGAAAAUCUAGGAUCAGACAGUAGAGAAGUGAUGGAUGCCAUUGCAAAGAUAGAAGACCGUGCUCGUCGAGAAGAGGAACUUUUCUCCCGUGCUCCGCUCACUAAAGUUGAGAAAAAGAAGAUUAAACAUUUAAAGAAAUCAAGAAACGGGUUGCUUGGUCUGACUGAAAGUUUUUAUGAUGAGAUUAAAACUUUGCCGCUGGAGGGUGACAUAAUGGAGCAACCUUCAUCCAACUAUAGCAAUGCUACAAGGUUCGGAGAUGAAAAAUUUAAGAAGCGGAAGAGAAAACACUAAGAUGGGGCAAAUCCAGGAUUGGAAAAACACCGAGGAGCCAAAUCUAUGAUUCUUAGAAUGCUCCAUACAAGAAUGAUCAUCUGUGAUUCAUUUUGGAGUUUUGAGUUUGUUGUUGUUU